AUGGAAGUACUUCCCAUCGGUGACGCAGCUGGCCGCUUGAUGCAGCGUAACAACACAUUCGUCACUUUGCGCGCAGACGUCCGGAUGCAGAACAACUUGAUCGCCUGUGUGAUCGUCGUCUUCCUCUGCAUCAUCUCCUCCACCAUUGUGGGUGCCGUCAGCGUCCUCGCUCGCAUGGUACCCGCAGCCAUGGUCAACGCCUACCUCUACCUCACGGCCUGCAAGUCCACCCCAUCAGUUGUUACUCGACCCUGUCACUUUGGCAGUUUUGACAGCUUCAUUGCCAUUGUUACAGAGUUGGCUUAA